UUCCUCGCCAACUUGCGCUACCACCCAACACCCUGCUUUCGUCGAUUUAGAAGAACCAUCAAGAAACCGAUUAUGGUUAUAUGAACGCGUCGAUUCCUUUGUAACAACUCUUUACUCUCUUGUUGUUUCUCCCACACCCUAGAAGCUAUUUCGAAGCUCCGUCGCCAUGUCAACCAAGACACUAGAAGCUCGAUUAGAGCAUCUUUCCGUCAAGGAUGAGAAUGAAUCCGCAGCUCCUAGCAGUGGUUAUCCCAAGCACAAGGGCUCCUUGUCGACCGCUGUGUCCCAUGCGGGCCAUGGGCCCACGGCGCAGUCGAACAGUGGCAACAGCAGAUCCAAUCUUCUAAAGCUCGCCCUACAAAACACAAAUGACAACAAGGUGAAUGCGAUGAGUGCUGGCUCGUCUCCCAGCAAGGGGCAUCAGCGCGGACUCUCGCAUCGUGCUGUAGACGAAAAUGGCGAUCAGCGCCAUACAUCAGCACUCUACGAACAGCCCGAACCAAAGAAGUUACACCUUGGGAUGUUUGAGAUUGGAAAACCGCUUGGAAAAGGGAAAUUUGGCCGGGUUUACCUAGCCAAGGAGAGAUCCUCCGGCUUUGUGUGCGCGCUCAAAGUUUUGCACAAGUCUGAGUUGCAACAGGGUGGGGUGCAGAAGCAAGUGAGACGGGAAAUUGAGAUCCAGAGCAACCUUCGUCAUCCCAACGUCCUAAGGCUUUAUGGCCACUUCCACGACAGCAAACGGAUCUUCCUGAUUUUGGAGUUUGCAGGCCGUGGCGAGCUGUACAAGCACCUCCGAAAGGAACACCGUUUCCCGGAGUGGAAGGCUGCUCAGUAUAUCGCCCAGAUGGCUGCUGCUUUGAAAUAUUUGCACAAGAAGCAUGUCAUGCAUCGUGACAUUAAGCCCGAGAACAUUCUGGUUGGUAUACAUGGAGAGAUCAAGAUUAGUGACUUCGGCUGGAGUGUCCAUGCACCCAACAACCGGCGUCAAACCAUGUGCGGAACUCUGGACUACUUGCCCCCAGAGAUGCUCAAGCCGGGACAGCAAGACAACUUUUACAGUGAAAAGGUCGAUCUGUGGAGCUUGGGAGUAUUGACCUACGAGUUCCUGGUCGGGGAAGCUCCAUUUGAAGAUACCCCCGUCAUGACACAAAGGCGCAUUGCCCGAGCGGACAUGUCAGUGCCUUCGUUCGUGAGCCCGGAGGCGAAAGAUCUGAUCAAGAGGUUACUUAUCCUUGAUCCCGAAAAGCGGAUCACACUCGACGAAAUCCAACGGCACCCCUGGAUCCUCAAACACUGCGUCAAAGACGAGCGCGUCGUUAAACGGAGUUCUGGUUCUUCUUCAAAGGAUAACAACAAGGCAUAAUUGUCACCAUGCAUGACACGGGGUUCUAGGUGUUGAUCAUACGGAAUGCUUUCAAAUUUCUAGCGCUUUUUAGCUUCUUCUCUUUCUGCUUUGGUCUCGGAUUUCUGUCUUUUUGUCUUGAAUAUGGAGUCGCGGGUCAGGACAAGCUUGAUCUUUACAUUGGGAAACCUGGAGUAGUCCAUAUAAUAUUUAACAAUGACUGCAUAAUCAAUA